AGUGACACAUUCCGACCUUCGGGUGUCGAAACUUCGAAAGCCAAGAAGUUUUGUUGACUGUUUUCUAUACCAUUAAUAUCCAGAUAAAUAUUUUCAGUAGCUAUUGUAAAAUAAUACAACUGAAAUAUUAUAGUUAAUAGGAGACGGUUCGGAGUAUGUUCGGUGACAUUCAAUUAACAAAGCGUUUAAUUGUUAUUGCCCUAGUCCUCGGCAUUAUUUUAAUUCUUAAGGAAUACGUGUUUGUUUUUCCACUAUGAGUCAGAGUAGAGUUGCAUAUUUCUAUAAUCCAGAUGUAGGUAAUUUUCAUUACGGCCCUGGUCAUCCUAUGAAGCCUCAUAGGUUAUCCGUGACCCACAGUUUAGUUCUCAACUAUGGUCUCCAGAAGAAGAUGCAGAUAUACAGACCGUAUCGUGCGAAUGCGCACGACAUGUGUCGUUUUCACAGUGAAGACUACAUUGAAUUUCUGCAAAAUGUGACCCCUCAAAAUAUACAGACAUACUCAAAGGAUCUUCUCCAUUAUAAUGUUGGUGAUGAUUGUCCGGUAUUUGAAGGUCUGUUUGACUUCUGUUCAAUGUACACCGGUGCUUCUUUAGAAGGUGCAAUGAAACUAAACAACAAUGCCUGCGAUAUUGCCAUCAAUUGGUCUGGUGGAUUGCAUCAUGCUAAGAAAUUUGAACCUUCAGGUUUCUGUUAUGUAAAUGACAUAGUUAUAGCAAUUCUAGAACUCUUGAAGUAUCACCCGAGAGUUUUGUAUAUUGAUAUCGAUGUACACCACGGAGAUGGUGUCCAAGAAGCAUUCUACCUGACAGAUAGAGUAAUGACUGUUAGCUUUCAUAAGUAUGGUAAUUAUUUCUUCCCUGGAACUGGCGAUAUGUAUGAAAUUGGAGCUGAAAGUGGGCGAUACUUCUCGGUGAAUGUUCCAUUGAAAGAGGGUAUUGAUGAUCAAAGCUAUGUUCAGGUUUUCAAACCAGUGAUAUCCACUGUGAUGGAGUUCUACCGUCCUACUGCUAUUGUACUGCAGUGUGGUGCUGACUCGCUGGCUGGUGACCGACUAGGAUGCUUCUCUCUCUCGACGCGUGGACAUGGAGAAUGUGUCAAAUUUGUCAAAAACCUCAACGUGCCGACGUUGGUUGUGGGUGGAGGGGGAUAUACACUUCGGAACGUAGCAAGAUGCUGGACAUACGAGACUUCUCUCCUUGUUGAUGAGAACAUUUCAAAUGAGCUGCCAUAUACGGAGUACCUCGAGUUUUUCGCGCCAGAUUUCCAAUUACAUCCAGAAAUAAGCAGCACAUCAAAUGCUAAUACUAAACAGUAUUUGGAGGCCAUCACUAAACAUGUAUACGACAAUCUCAAGAUGUGUCAACAUUCACCUGCAGUUCAAAUGACGCAUAUACCGGGUGAUUUUCUACCGGAAGAAUACAGGAUAAAGGAUGAACCUGAUCCCGAGAUACGUAUAAGUCAAGAAGAAGCUGACAAAAUGAUUGAGCCCAAGAAUGAGUUCUAUGAAGAUGAGAAAGACAAUGACAAGGAACCAGUUCCGGAGACUAAAGAAUCAUAGCAUACGGAGGAAACCACCCCUGCGGUGGCCAUUUGACAAGAGACACCUUACAAGAAGUAUAAGAAGAAGUUUAUGUGACCUCUUACCGAAGAGGAACAGUGAGGUGAUGGAACACAAGUGACUUAGUGAGGUUAACAUGGACUUAAGUGAUAAAGUGUUGCCCGUUAAUAGAGUAAAGACUAAAGAGUUUAAUUAAGAUUAUAAGUGAAAAACCAGUAAAUAACAUUCUUACAGCAAUUCUUUUGUUAAUUUCUAUAUUCCAUUUCAAUAUAACUUAUAUAUAAGAUAACAAUAAUUAUAUAGAUAACAAUUUUAUACUAUACGAGUUGUCAUCAUUAAAAAUUACACCAAUUAAUAAUCAUACUAAUACAUACUAAACACAGACAGAGAGAUUUUGAGUUGUUAUAGUGUUUGUACACUCUAAAUAUAUAAUAUAUUUCUGAGCAUCGGUAUAUUAUUAAAGCAUUUUCACAUACAUUAGAAAAUUGCCAAUGAGGGAAGAUUAUUGUGUAUUUGAAGGAACUUUUUUAUGCUACUGCUGGGUUCCUUACUCUGUAUUGCUGAUUGGAUCUAAAGUACAAGUAAACUUAUGAGUAGAAUUGAUUGAGAUACUGAUUGUACGAAUGUGCAAUGUCCCAAUCCUUUCAUGAACACUUGUAUUUGUUAUUAUUUGUACAAUCUUUCUUAAAAUGGAUCAUAGAUAUUUACUCUAAAGAAUCAUUAACUGGCCUUAUAUAUUAUGAAAAAACUCUGUAUGGUUAUGUAUAGUGCUAUGUAAUAUAAUCCUUUUUUAUGUUUAUA